AUGGAGGAAGCAUAUAAAACUAUUCGAACACCAGAACAAAUAGAAAGUUGGUUCAAAUUUGAAAAAAAAAAUAUUCGGCUUUUGAAUAAAGCAUUGAAAAUUGGAAAGACAAUUGGUGAUAAAUUAAGAAUUCAAACCACGAUUUCUCAACUUAGAUCAUCGAGUGAAAGAUUUAAAAGUCAACAAAAACAUGGUGCUGGUGUUGGAUAUAUUAAAAAACUAAAUUUUCAAGAAAAAGAUUCUGGUUGGACACUUAGAGCAAUUAUUAAUCUAAUGGUUAAUAUUAAUCGUUAUGAGCCACUGAGAGGUGGUUUAUCAACAUUUAUCGAAUUACCAAAGAAAAUCCAAGCAAAAAGAGCAGUUGUGAAUAUAAAAAAUAAUGAUGAGUACUGUUUUUUAUAUGCAGUCACAGCAGCUCUGUAUCCAACUCAAUCACACAGUUAUCGUAUGACGUCAUACCCAGAUUUUAAGACAAUUUUAAAAUAUGAUGGUAUUGAUUUCCCGAUAAUAUUACGUGACAUUCCAAAAUUUGAGAUUAUGAAUGAUUUAUCUAUCAAUGUUUAUGAUAUUUAUGAUAAAUGUGAAAUAGCACCAGUAUAUUUGAGUAAACAUAAAUCAUCAAAACCCACAAUUCAUUUACUUAUUAUGAAUAGUGGAUUGUCAACUGAUGAACCAAUAUUUCAUUUUGCUUGUAUACAAAAUUUAUCACGACUUGUCACAGAUUGUGAAAAUAACAAUAAAGUGAGAAUGAUUUUACCAGAAGAAGGUGAAAAUAUAUUAAAAUGUAAAAAUCAUCGAUUUGAAGAACCAGCACCAUUUGUCAUCUAUGCAGAUCUUGAAUGUAUUUUAGAACCUGGAAAAAAUGAUUCAGACAAUCAUGUACCGCACAGUGCUGCAUAUUAUUUUCAUUGUACAUAUAACAAAUCUCUGUCAGAAUUUAUGAUACGACGUGGUCCUGAUUGUAUAAAGUGGUUUGUCAAAGAACUUAAAAAAAGAACUCAACAAGUAAAUGACAUUUUGAAUAAUCCAACGCCGAUGAAGCCUCUUACUCGAGAACAAAUCAUGGAUUUUCAAACAGCUCAAAUAUGUCAUAUUUGUGAAAAAGAAUUUUUACCGACAGACAUCAGACACCAUGAUCACUGCCAUUACCGAGGCCAUUAUCGUGGAGCAGCUCAUCCUGGAUGUAAUGUCAACUAUACAGAUUCACAUACACUACCAGUAGUAUUUCAUAAUCUCUCAGGUUAUGACUCACAUUUUUUUUUGAAAUCUCUAGCAAAGAUGUUUGAAGGCUCAAUUAGAAUUUUACCAAUCAACAAAGAAAAAUAUAUAUCUUUCACAAAAGAAGUCAAGUAUCCAUGUUCAAAUGAAAGAGGUAACCGACUAGUGAAUUUAAGAUUUAUCGACUCUUAUAGAUUCAUGGCAACUAGUCUUGAUAAACUGGCUUCAAACUUGUCUGAUGAUGAUAAAAAAAUUACUAAACAAUACUGUGAAGACUUUGAAAAAUUUCAGCUAUUAAAAAGAAAAGAAAUAUUUCCAUAUGAAUACAUUAAUAGCUGGAGAAGACUAGAAGAUAUAAAGUUACCAUCAAUUAACGAAUUCUAUUCAAGAUUAAGCAAGAGUAUCAUUUCACAUGACGACUAUCAACAUGCUGAAACAGUUUGGAAUAAAUUUGAAAUUAAAACGCUUGGUGAUUAUUCAGAUUUAUAUUUACGUACAGAUGUUUUGUUAUUAGCUGAUAUUUUUCAAAAUUUCCGAAAAAACUGUUUGUCAUCAUACAACUUGGAUCCUCUCUAUUGCUAUACAAUACCAGGAUUCUCAUGGGAUUGUAUGCUGAAAUGUACUGGUGUAGAAUUGGAAUUACUAACAGAUGCUGAACAACUUUUAUUUAUCGAGAAAGGAAUACGAGGUGGAGUAGCUGUAUGUCCGAAUCGUUAUGCAAAAGCCAACAAUCCAUACAUGGGUAAUGAGUAUGAUACAAUCAAAGAUGACUCAUACCUCAUGUACUUUGAUGUUGAUAAUUUAUAUGGAAUGGCAAUGUCACAACAUUUUCCAUACGGUGGCUUUGAAUGGGACAAUAAUCAUUGGUCUUUAGAAGACAUUUUAUCAACACCUGUCGACUCUACUACAGGCUUUAUUUAUGAAGUCGAUCUUGAAUAUCCUGAAAAAUUACAUGAACUCCAUCAAGAUCUUCCAUUUACAGAUUUCAUCGCUGCUGUAACAUCUUUUCCAGUUUUUGAUUUUAUUGGUAUAGCCCAUGCAAAUUUUGAAAAUAUGUCAAUAAUUGUGAGCAAAUAUUUAUAG